AUGUUCGAAGGUUUUGACGCGGCACUGCCGGAGACGACCAUCUCUCGUCACUUGGUCGACAUGCUGUACACUGUCAAGUAUGUAAGGAAGGGUAUUGCUAGUUUGUGCUAUGUUGUUAAUGAUAAGUGUCUAACGCAAGCAGAAGAGGAAGGAGUUUGCGGAAAUUGUAUCCGCCACCACGACGAGGGCAAUAUGAUCGUGUACUUUGACGAGACUAACUACAACCAGAAUACGAAGCGUACACGGGGCAGGGCCAAGAACGGCAAGCGCGAAGUCGAGAAGUUGCCGCCCUCGAAGGGCGCUAAAUUACAGAUUCAAUGCGCUCUCAGCUCCUCGUUCGGCGAGUUGUACAAGAUGAUGAAGGAAUCCGAUGUAUACAACGAGGAGUACGCGAACAUAAAGGCCAUCGCCGUGUUUGGCAAUGCCCCGGCUCACAGCCGAAUCGAGACGCUCGUUCCAGAUUGCGACGACCUGAUUCUUCUCCGACUUGGUCUGUACAGCCCCAUAUGCAACCCCAUCGAGAAUUGUUUCAGUUCGAUGAAGGCGGUCAUCAAGCAGUACUUGGCGCUGAUGCGCGACGAGAUGAAUGGCCCGCUGCUCGUCAGCAACGGUCAGCCCAUCUCAAAGACUGAAACUCGUAUGCGGCCUCUUGAGCGUGCUGCUCACGUGAGUAUGGUCGAGAUAACUCAGCGUAUGCUCCACAGGAUGGAGCUGCACGUGUCCCAGUUCGUCAACGCUGCUGUGCGCACGGAGGGCAUGGAGUACGGUGCGUAG